AUGGGUUCAAAUCCCUCAGAUACCCUGGUGGCCAACUUCGAACCGAGGGGCAAAUUCUUCAAGGGAAUGACCGACAUGCCUCUAAGCUUUAUCAAGAACCUGGGGUAUGUCCUGGGGGAAGUCACAUCAUUCGCGUUCACCCGAGCCGCCUCUCAAGCAUUGUCAGAGCAGAUACUUGCAGAAGUCCGCCAUUUCCACAGACUCAAGAAAUUGUUGGUGGUUGUGUGGGACAAUGUGUGCGCUCUACAGCCGUUACUGGAGACCUUGUCGGCGAGCGUCAAUAGAUCACUCGAGGAGCUGUGCCUCAUCAUCGAAGUAUCGGAUCCGUCGAUUCCAUUUUUAGAAUUCAGUCAAAUCCAGCGAAUACUAUCUCCAUCGCUCCGGGGGCUCAGGCGCCUCGUCGUGUCUUGCAGGAGAACCCACUUCUACAGGGCCACGGCUAGACCUCAGCCGUCAGCAGGUCCUAACCCAAACUUACAAAGUGCUGUUGCAUAUGCGAACGUAUUCCCAGACCUAGAAGUUGUCCGAUUGUGGGGUCAUUUGAUUGACAUUGUCCGUGGUGAGGACGGGGUGCAUGCCGAGUUCAGCACGAAGCAGUUUGAUUUUCCUUUCCUCGGGGACUUCGACACUCUCGACGAACACAGAAUGUGGGAGUGA